AUGAUGUUUGCGUUCUGUUAUUUUAUCUCAGGGAUAGUUUUCAUCUCAGGGGUAGAUAGUCGACCCCAACCCCUCCUUCUUAUCUCCCUAGAUGGAUUCCGGUGGGAUUUCGCCUGCAAGGCCCAUACGCCGUACUUGGAUUUUCUCACAAGGACUGGCGUCACUGUUCCCUAUGUGCGAUCUGUCUUCCCGACGGUGACUUAUCCAGGACAUUACAGUAUUGUGACUGGCCUUUAUCCAGAAAGCCACGGAAUUGUAAGCAAUGCCAUGUACGAUCCAGAUCUAAAGGCACGCUUUGGAGGCGCCAAUACAGAUCCACGGUGGUGGAAUGGUGCGGAACCAAUAUGGGUGACAAACCAGCGUUACAACGGUAGAAGUGCCGUGUUGUAUUGGCCCGGGUAUAAUGUGAAAAUAAAAGGGCAGUACCCAAAAUACCGAGAAUACUCCCCUUCGCCAAACGUCGAUCAAAACAAUAAAACUGGGAAAGUUCUGCCUUUUAAGAAACGUGUUGAUAAGGUAAUAAGAUGGCUGACAGUGAAAAACGCGCCAAACUUUGUGGCCUUGUAUUUUGAAGAACCAGACAAAACUUGUCACCAUCAAGGAAGGAAAAAGGUGUGCGAAUCCAUGCACAAUGUGGAUAAGACGAUUGGACGCUUAGUGGAAGGACUUAAACAACAUAAACUGCUGGACAAAGUGAAUAUUAUCAUCACGUCGGAUCAUGGCAUGGCGAACACAUCUUGCAACAAAAUUGUCGAUCUCGAUAAAUAUGUGGACCCAAAGAAUUUUGAUUUCUGGGAUUCGUGGUUUAAUAUGCUGCUUACGCCCAAACCAGGAAAAUUAGAGUAUGUCUACGAUCGUCUCAAAAAUGUGUCAAAUUUGCACAUCUAUCAUAAGAAUGAAGUCCCCGAGUAUUUACACUUCAGGAAAAAUGGUCGCAUUUCACCGCUUGUGGUGAUUCCAUCAGAGGGCUGGCUCGUAAGUUCAAUUAAGGGCCGACACGUCCAGGAUGACCCCGUCAUAACGACGGAACUUUCACACGGAUUUAACUGUAAAUGCAAGUCGAUGUCCACUGCAUUUAUCGCGCGCGGGCCGGCAUUUAAGGAAAACUUCUGUGGAAAGCCUUUUGAAUCAGUCAGUUUGUAUCCAUUGAUGUGUAAAGUUCUGGAGAUCCAACCUCUGCCAAAUAAUGGUAGUUUAGAGGCCACUGCAGAUCUACUGAAACCAACAACCAAGUGUCCAACAUCGUAG